AAACAAAACAAAACAAAACAAAUUUGAUUUCGGCUUUUGUUGCAUUUUUUUCGCUGUGUAAUUUUUUAUGUUAACGCGGCACAAUUCGCAUGCAAUGUAAUUAAGCAUACACACAGAUAUAUUAUAUAUAUUUAUAUAUGCUCAUAUAUAUGUAUAUACUUAUAUAAAUGUGUGCUCCCUACACACCUACAUCACAUGCAUUAGCACUUUUGAUUUCCGCUUGGAUUUGUGAUACGCCGUAACUUCAGCUCGUCGCUCAGUCGCUUCCAGAGGGCAAUACGCACAAACCCAUGUUGGAUUAUAAUUUAUACCCUUAAAUUUGGGGGCUACAAUGCGGCCAGAAAUAUACAAUGUUACUACAGUUCAUGCUGCUCAAUGUCAGAAUUAUUUUUAUACUGAUGGUAAUGCUGGCUCUUGUAUCUACAACAUGUGCAAAGAAAACGGAAUACAUUCUAACCCUGAAGACCGACAACAAUCGGGCGCUGCAUAUCAAUGCGCACGGCUGGGUAACGGCCGAGGAUAUAUCGCUAGCACAAUCCCUAACAAUGAACAGUGUUGGCGAUGUACUCAGCGAGGAUUUCAAAAUCACCAUCUAUGCCAAGGAUGUGGACUACUAUUUAUGCUUUGCCCAAGGCAAACUUGUUGGAAAGAGAAACGCCACAAACGAUUGCCACUUCAGAGAGUCAAUGGAACGGGGAUAUUAUCAGUAUACAAAUGCCUACAACCCGGUGCUGCGCGUGGGCAUCAAAUCGAACUUUCGUCCGAUUGGGCCUAAGGGAAUGCAGAGUUUCAAUCGACGCGCCCGCUUCCUCUUCAAUCGCGUGAAGGCUGAAGAUUUUCACAGUAAGCUGGCCAAUUGGCGAAGCAAGGUGGCAACAACAUCGUCCACAACAACAACGACGACAACGACGACAACAACAACAACUACAUCAACUACAACAACAACAACAACAACGACAACGCCGAGACCAGUGGCUGUAACGAAACGCGCACGUGGCAAGCCACUGCAUCGCAUGCAGCCAACAACAGCAACAACAACAACAACAACAAGAGCAAACACAAGUAUUAAUAGCGAUAGUUCUUCUAACCACAACAACAACAACAAUAACAAAAACAAUAGCAAUAGUAAUUACAACAACAAGCAUAGUCGUAAGUCCCACAACAACAACAAAGCGAACGAGGAUGCGCUGCGCGAGCAGAAGAUCAUCAAACGCAACCAGCAACAUCAGCGACGCCUGCAGCAUCGCCAGCGCCAGCAGCAGAUGCACAGGCAGCGGCAACGGCAGCGGCAGCAACAAAAAGCCGUCGGCGCCAUGGUCAAGCCACAGCCGAAGAACCUGAUGGUGCGUCAUCAUCACAACAAUGCAACGCUGUUGGAGCGUCGACGACGCCGGCGCAUGCAGCGACGGCAGCAGCAGCAGCAGCUCGAAGAGCAGCAGCAGCGUGAGCAGCGUGAGCAGCGCAAGCAACAGUUGCCCUUGCCCACGGCCUCGUCCUCCUCAUCCUCCUCCUACACAGCGACUGCGGCCUCAACAGCGCUCACAGCGACUGCUUCGCUGGCGCCCUCAGCGCUCAACCUGUUCGCCAUGCUGGCGGCGAGCCGUCGGAAGCGCGGCCGCCGAAAACGCGCAGCAGCAGCAGCAGCGGCUAGCGCUGGCAGCAAUGCAGCUGACAUGGACAUGCAGCUGGUGGAGACGUCUUCCCAGCAGCAGCAGCAGCAGCAACAGCAGCAACAGACACAGGGUGUGCAGCAGCAACAGCAACAACAACAAAAUGAAUACUCAAAAGCCUAUGUUAAUAGUAACUUAAACUUAAUACUGAAACAUAAACUAAACGUAGAACUAAAUUUAAAUAGUAAUAGCCCUAAUGUUAAUAAUGCAAUACCUGCCUUGCCAAAAAACUACAACUACUUGUACAGAAACGAGCAUUAUAAUAUGAAUACUAAAAGUAGCACGACUGAUUCUAGUAGUUUAGAGAUUAGCACUAAGUUCUAUAGUCCAAAUAGCCAUAGCCAUAGCCAUAGCCGUAGCCAUAGCCGUAGCCAUAGCCGUAGCCAUAGCAGUAGCCAUAGCCGUAGUGAGGGGGGCGUUCUUCAAUUCAAAUUCAAUGAUACCAUUGACAAUAAUCUUAAGCAGUUGAUAAACGAUCGAAUUGAUAGCAGCAGCGGCAGCGGCAGCGGCAGCAGCGCAGCUGCACCAACUGUUGCAGCAGCAACUGUUGUUGCGCCCAAUCGCAAUCAUAUUGUUGAGCAUAAUAUAAGCGACGAUAGCCAUAGCAACAACGACAGCAACAGCAAUGACAGCCCGAGAGCAGAGAACUACUUUACAGCUCUAGAAUUGCAGCAGCAGCAGCAGCAGCAACAACAGGAAGAGGCACAGCAGCAGCAGCAGCAGCAACAACCUAAUAUUAAUUAUUAUGAUGCUAAUAUUAACGUUGUUAACGAUAAUCGCAAUGAUAACAAUGCGGCGCUGCAGCCCAAUCAUAACCAUAAUAGUAAUUAUAAUGAGCAAUUUGCGAAUGACGAUGAAACGAUACGAAUUCAAAAUAAAUAUGAAACACAUGUAGUACAAUACAAACCUGCCGUAUUCAUUUCGCACGGGUUGGGCAGCAUUCCUUGA